GACGAAAUAAUGUACGAAGAGGCGACAGCUGGGUUUUCUGCAGGAACGGACUCGUUGUUGUCAGAAGACUGCUUCUCCCAAAUCGCUUCUUCUUCUAUCGCCUCACACAUUCACAACCCUAGCUUUCCAGAGAAUGUGGGUCUUUCUAUGGAAAGUUUAGCCUUCGCUUCACAAGACGCUAUGAUUUCCAAUUUGAUGGAAGAGGUAACUCAUCAUGACUCGAAUCAGCUAGUAAUUUCCCUUGACCAGUCUAAAUGGGACCCUGAUGUGAACUUCCAUCACCAAAAUCAUCAUCAGCUUCAACAUCAACUGCCUCCUUACCCUUUAACAGCAGAUCUUCAUCACUGUAAUCUUCACUGCAGCUUGCCCAGUAGUUCUUCCACUUCUUCAUUUGUCAACUCAACAUCCUUGAUCUCUUUAGGAAACCCAGCUACCCUGAAGAAUUUUGAACUUCAGAUUAAUCCUUCUGGCCACCCAACACUGGGAUUGGAAAACACAAGCGUGUCCUCUCUUUUGUUGCAGGAUCCCUUUUUGCAAAUGAACCUGCCUGCAGGUUGUCCAGCAAACAGAGAGUGGUUUCAAUCUCUUCCUGCACGAAAUGAUCUUCUGAUGUUUGGUGGGGAGGAUGACAAAGAAGGGAGUGGGGUUGUUUCAUAUUUAAAUGCUGGUCGUGGAAGAGAAUCUGGUGAUAGUAAUAAUGAUUUCCUCAAGUUUUCCCACGAUUUGGCUCCUAAUAGCAGAUCAAAGGGAGGAGGAGGAGGAACAGGAGGCAAAAGGGUCAGACAGGUCACUAUUGAGAAGAAAAGGAGAGUGGAUUUUACUAGCAAAUUUGAUGCCUUAAGAGAGCUCAUCCCAAAUCCCACCAAGAAUGAUAGAGCAUCUCUGCUUUGUGGUGCUAUUGAGUACAUCCAAGAGCUUCGCAGAUCAGUGCAUAAUCUCACAUUAUUAGUGAAUAAAAAGAGAUCAUCAUGUGGGAAAGAAAGGAUCAAGAGGCAAAAGGUUGAGGAGGAAGAAGAAGAACAAGAAGAAGAAGCUUUAGGGGACUUGGAAAGCUGCAACUUGAAGCCGCUCAGUGAACCAGAUCAUCAUCAACGUCUUCUUCCAAUCAAUAGAUGCAUAAUUAAGAGCGCUUGGCUUCAGAAGAAAUCUGAAGACACAGAGGUUGAUGUUCGAAUCGUUGAUGACGAUGUCACAAUCAAGCUUGUUCAGAGAAAGAACGCUAACUGCUUGCUGUAUGCUUCCAAGGCUCUGGAUGAACUUGAGCUUGAUCUCCAACAUGUUGCUGGUGGCCACAUUGGCGAUUUCUGCAGCUUUUUGUUCAACAGCAAGAUAUAUGAAGGUUCUUCUGUGUGCGCGAGUGCCAUAGCCAACAAGCUAAUAGAAGUCAUGGAAGCAAGUUGAAAGAGUGCCAUUAGAUAUGGUUUCAUAUAUUAAAAAAAAAAGCUUUUUAUUUAUGUUGAAGCUGCUAAUAAUUUGUGUCUUAGUUUUUUUCCUUCCUAUAUAUCUAGCUAGCUUUCUUUAAUGAAGCUUCUCAAGGUUGUAUUAGUUCAAAAUCAUGAUGGGACCGUCAUACUAUUAUAUUAAUCU